AUGUGGCUGCUAAACACGAAGACGGCAGAACUGAAGCAAUUUCCCAGCUCGAAGGACGUCCGAUACGCGAUCGUCUCCCAUGUCUGGCAGCAGGAACCCAAGGAACAGACGUUUCACGAAGUCCGCGCAAUCCUCGUCCAGUGCAAGGACACCGGCACAGAUCCUAAGCCCCUCCUGUCCCACAAGAUACGGGGCUGCUGCGCUGUGGCCGCGCAGGCGGGGUAUGAAUGGCUGUGGAUGGACGCAGUCUGCAUCGACCACAACAGCAGCGCGGAGCUCUCCGAGGCGAUCAACUCCAUGUUCACCUGGUACGCAGACGCGCAGGUCUGCUACGCAUACCUGCACGACGUCGGCGACGACGAGGACCCAAGCGCGGAGUCGUCCGCGUUCAGGCGCAGCGUCUGGUACACGCGCGGCUGGACGCUCCAGGAGCUGCUCGCGCCCGCCUGUGUCAUCUUCCUUUCGAGGACGUGGCACACGCUCGGCUCGAAGCACUCCCUCGUCGGCGCGCUCUCCGAGGUCUCGCGCAUCAAGCGCGACGUGCUCACGCGCAGCCGCCUUGACUGGCUUGAGGGCGUGAGCGUCGCGGAGCGCAUGUCGUGGGCCGCGCACCGCCGGACGACGCGCGUCGAGGACCGCGCGUACUCACUCAUGGGCAUAUUUGGCAUCAACAUGCCGACCAUAUACGGGGAGGGCCCGCGCGCGUUCAUGCGGCUGCAGGAGGAGAUCCUGCAGCGCAUCCCGGACCAGAGCAUCUUUGCGUGG